AUGAAAGGCUUGGCUUGUAUUCUACUAUUCCUAUUAGUUGCUGAUGUCACAGCACAACUGAUGUCACGGGCUGUAAGCUCCAGUUCCUAUGGUGGAUAUGGCAGUAGUCUUUCAAGCAGAUACGGUGGAGGAUUCAGCGGUCUUGGCAGAUACGGUGGAGGCAGUCGAUUUGGUAGAAGCUACGGUGGUUUUGGCGGAAGUGGCUAUGGCAGACUUGGCCGCAGUAGUUAUGGUGGAUUUGGCGGCGGCAGCGGCUACGGUGGUUUCGGCCGUGGUGGCGGUGGCUACGGCGGAAUGAUGGGACGCAGAGGAGGAAUGAUGGGACGACGCGGAGGCUUUGACGUGGAAGAGGCUUCGGUGGAAUGGGACGCAGAGGUGGAUUCGGUAUGCGCAGAGGAGGAUUUGGUGGACGAAGGGGAGGAUUUGGUGGACGCCGUGGCCGCCGAUUCUAAGGAGAUUUCAACGUAA